GAUAUUCUGAUGUGGCCAAAACUCCCCCAACUGUACCUCCAGGAUUCUUUUCGGAGCAGAUUCAUCAGGAUGAGCCUCCCGGCCCCACCCAGACUCGUGGAUCUGGCAGGUCAGAGCCUGCUGAAGGACCAGGCCUUGGCCAUUGCUGCUCUGAAGGUGCUGCCCAUGGAGCUCUUCCCGCCACUGUUCACAGCGGCCUUCACUGGGAGGUACAGGGAGACCCUGAAGGCGAUGGUGCAGGCCUGGCCCUUCGCCUGCCUUCCUCUGGGGGCCCUGAUGAAGGACCAGAAGCCUUACCAGGAGACCUUUCAAGCUGCACUGGAUGGACUCGAUGUCCUGCUUGCCCAGGAGCCCCGCCCCAGGAGGUGGAAACUGCAGGUGCUGGAUUUACGGAAGAAUGCUCAUCAGGACUUCUGGACCGUGUGGUCUGGGACCAGGGCCAGUAUAUACUCCCUGUUGGAGCCAGAGGUGGCCCAGCCCAUGAAGAAGAGGCAAAAAAUGGAUAGUUGCAGGCCAGGGCCCAAGCAGACCUUGGCUCCUGUGGAGGUGCUCAUAGAUCUUUGCCUCAAGGAAGGCACCCCUGAUGAGUCUCUCGCCUACCUCAUCCAGAAAGUCAAGCAGGGGAAAGGUCUGCUACACCUGUGCUGUAAGAAGCUGAAGAUUUUCGAAAUGCCGAUGCAGAACAUUAAGAAGAUCCUGAAGAUGGUGCAGCUGGACUCUAUCCAGGAUUUAGAAGUGAAUUGUACCUGGAAAUUGUCCACCCUGGGGAAGUUUGCACCUCACCUGGGUCAGAUGGGCAACCUGCGCCGGCUCCUCCUCUCCCACAUCCACAUGUCUUCCCACACCACCCCGACGAAGGAGGAACAGUGUGUCAGCCAAUUCACCUCUCAGUUCCUCAGGCUGCACUACCUUGAGGAGCUCUAUUUGGACUCUAUCUCCUUCCUUGAAGACCACCUGGACCAAGUGCUCAGCUGCCUGAAGACCCCCUUGGAGACCCUGUCAAUAACUAACUGCCUGCUUUCGGAAUCAGACUUGACACAUCUGUCCCAGCACCUGAAUGUCAGUCAACUGAAGGACCUGGGUCUCAGUGGGGUCACCCUGACCGAUAUGAGCGCUGGGCCCCUCCAAGUUCUGAUAGAGAGAGCCUCUGCCACCCUCCAGGACCUGGACUUAGAUGAGUGUGGGAUCAUGGACUCUCAGUUCAGUGCCAUCUUGCCUUCCCUGAGCCACUGCUCGCAGCUCAUGACUUUCAGUUUCUGUGGAAAUCCCAUCUCCAUGGCUGUCCUGGAGGACCUGCUUCGCCACACCAUUGGGCUGACCAAGCUGAGUCAUGUGCUGUACCCUGCCCCCCUGGAGAGUUAUGAGGACAUCCGUGGCACCCUCCACCUGGGCAGGCUUGCCCAUCUGCAUGCCAGGCUGAAGCAGAUGCUGCAGGAGUUGGGGCGGCCCAGCAUGGUCUGGUUCAGCGCCAACCCCUGUCCUCACUGUGGUGAUAGGACAUUCUAUGACCCAGAGCCCAUUCUGUGCCCCUGUUAUAUGCCUGUCUAGCUGGAUACACCUACCAUAGGCCUCAUUCUGGGCACUUGGACACUGAAGCCCAGGCAUAAGUGUAACUUGAAGGAACACAGAAGCCAUAGUUUGAGACACCUGCCCAGAGUGAGCAGGGAAAGGAAAGAUGAUUCGGGGACAGGGGAUGUUGUCCGGAAGUUAAUAGGAUCUUUGGAUGCAUUUAGAGCAUUAGAAAUAUGAAUCUGAAUUUCUAGAGGGAGAUUCAAGUUUGGGAGGUAGAUGUGGGAGUUAUCCCUGCGUGGAUGGUUGUAAAGAAAUGGUGAGAAAUAAACAGAAUCUUAAGGUCA